AUGUCCUCAAUGAAAACUUUUUUUAUCGCAAUCUUAUCAAUCAUUUGUUUACAUGUAAUUUCUUCGCUGGCAAUUCCAGUUUCAAAUGAAAUCAAAAUUCCUUGGAUUGUAGCAAACGUUGCUGGAAAAAAGUUUAGCCCUGGUCAACAAGUAAACCUUCAAAUAAUUUCCCCCUCGGAAAGAAUUAUUAAUAUUAAUAUACGACAAAGAUUAACUGGUUUCGAUCAAGUUCUUGAAACAAAUGUCAAAUUAAGCGCCGGACACAAUGAAAUUAAAGUUACAAUUCCAUCAUCUGGUAAUUUCGUAAAACCAAGUCCUCAAAACUAUUUCACCAUAUUUGAGAAUGGAGCGAGAGGUGAUUAUUCUGCAACCUUCGAAAUUGGCGAUCCCGAUUAUGGUAUUUCCUUUAUUCAACCAGUUGCUGGUGGUGUUAUAAAAGUAGGAGAUACAUUAGAAACGAAAUGGAAAGUUGAAAAGAGUUAUGUUCCUCCAGGUGCAGAUCCUUCUACAUUCAGAGUACAGCACUUUUUAUUUGAACCCGCAGUAAUUCCACAAGGACAAAGUUUUUCGUCGAAAUUUUUCCCAAAUGACGGUGUGGCUGUUAAUUUCGAAUCUGGAAGUUUAGAGUAUGAAUUACCUUUAGAUACGAUUCCCAACGUUUUAUAUAAGAUGGGUUGUUUGGUUCUUAACACUGCCACCACUCCAUGGGAGCGUCAUAUUUAUUCAGCUGGUACUUUCCUUGUUAUUCCAAAAUAA